AUGGAGAAUGGUAGCAUGAAUGAUGUGAGUGAACCUAUAUGUGGGAUGUUAUUCAAUUCAGAACAUGAUGCAUAUGAUUACUACAACAGAUUUGGACGGGCAAUGGGAUUUAGUGUUAGGAAACACUUUAUGAAUAAGAGCAAGAAAGACAAGAUGACUAUAACAUCUAGGGGAUUUGUCUGUUCAAAAGCUGGUUGUCGAUUGAGUGACAAGCGAGACAUGAAUACUGUUAACCCCCGAGCUGAGACAAGAACAAAUUGCCAGGCACGAAUGAACAUAUGUUUGGUUGAUGAUGGAAAAUACAAAUGCUGUGAAUUUGUGAGGGAACAUAAUCAUGAGCUUCAUAGCACAACAACAGUUCAUAUGCUGCGUUCACAGAGGAAGAUGUUAGACAUACAUAGGCAUGAAAUUGAUUUGGCAGAUGACUCGGGGAUCAUGCCUAGAUCCACAUUUGAGUUGAUGGGUAGGCAGGCUGGUGGGAUAGAAAACCUUAGUUGUUUGACCCAAGAUGUUAGGAACUAUCUCCGCACUAAAAGACAGCGUGCCUUGACAUAUGGUGAGGCAGGUAGUUUGAUGAAGUACUUUGUUACCCAAACUAGGACCAACCCAUCUUUCACAUACUCGUUUCAACUGGAUAGUGAAGAACAAAUAACAAACAUAUUUUGGGCUGAUCCAAAGAUGAUCAUUGACUACGCACAUUUUGGAGAUGUAAUCAGCUUUGACACUACAUUUCGCACCAACAAAGAGUGUAGGCCGUUUGGGUUGUUUGCUGGAUUCAAUCAUCAUAGAGGGUGCACUGUAUUCGGGGCUGCACUUUUAUAUGAUGAGACAGCGGAAUCUUUCGAAUGGCUGUUUGAGGUAUUCGCUGAAGCUCACGGUGGAAAGAAGCCUAAAACUAUAUUCACGGAUCAAGACAAAGCUAUGGCUAGAGCAUUAAAAGAAGUGUGGCCUCAGACGUGGCAUGGAUUGUGUACUUGGCACUUAAUGCAGAAUGGAAUUACACAUUUGGGUCAUAUGAUGAAAGAUGGUUCCAAGUUUCUUACAGAUUUAAAGAAAUGCAUAUACCAAUACGAUGUGGAAGAUGAAUUCGAGACAGUGUGGUAUAAUUUGCUACACGAGUAUGAUGUUAAGGAUAAUGCAUGGUUGCAACGUAUUUAUGGUCUUAAAAGUCAGUGGGCGAAGUGCUAUAUGAAAAACACAUUCACAAUAGGCAUUCGAAGUACACAGCUCAGUGAGAGUCUGAACAGUGACUUGAAGGACUAUUUGAAGUCAACUUUGGAUGUUGUGCAAUUUUUUAAACAUUUUGAAAGAGUUCUUAACCAGAAGCGUGGUAAUGAAUUAAAAACUGAAUUUGAUGCACGAAACAAGAUGCCACGACUUGCAAAUUCAAUGUCAAUUGUACAGAAACAGGUUGGGGAACUCUACACUCCUGCAAUUUUUCAGUUAUUUCAAGAGGAAUAUAAUUGGAUGACUGUUUGCACCAUCAUAGACCGAAGUAAUGGAAUGCCCUUCAUUAAUUUUCGAGUUGGGAUUUUUGAAGCAAAUUGUGAGUAUAAAGUAUGUUGUAACCCACUUCAAGGAAUUAUAGCGUGCAGUUGCAUGAAAUUUGAGACAGAUGGUAUUCUGUGUUGCCAUUGUUUGAAAGUUUUUGAUGUGUUAGAUAUAAAGCGUAUUCCUGAAUGCUACAUUCUGAAGAGAUGGACACGGGGAGCAAGAACCAUGGUACUCAAUGACAGUAGGGGGAAAGAAGUUGAACUAGAUGUCAACUUGGAUUGUACCCAACGGUAUAAGCGUAUUUGUCCUGAACUUAUUCAAAUAGCAUCAGAAGCUUCAAAUACAAUUGAGGGAUACAAUUUGGUGAAAGAUGCUGCGAAUGAAUUAAGGUUUAAGCUUGGUAAUAUUAGAAUCAACCCAGUUGAUUGCCCUGAUAUGCCAAUAUUGCCUGAUUUCUCUAAUGACGUAUACAAUGGAUUACGUUUGAAGCAUAAAGAGAAAAAUACAAGAGGUGGUAGACGGUUAAAGAGUUGGGUUGAAAAACAAGGAAAAAAAAAGAAAAGUGGAGGGCCAAGUAACAAUCAACGAUUACAAGAACAUCAACCACCGGAUGAAGAUUGCCUGAUGGAUAACACAUAUUCCAGUUACAUGUCACUUAUGGAUUCUAUUUCCCAAAUAUCAUCUCAAGCAUCUGUAGCUCAUCAAUCAGUGGAUGAAGAUUAUAUUUAGAUUCGGCUAAUGAGGACUAUUGUUUUUUGCUAUUAAAUACAUCCAGUUAAUGUCAUGGCUUAUUUUUUUGA